AUGCUUCUAAAUACUGAACAGAUUGCUUUAAUUGGACAAGUAUUUGAGUCAUAUAUUUUGGAAUACCACAAAAAUGACCUAUUACAGAUUUUAAGAGAAAAGGAUGCUGCUGCUCAUUACCCAGUUAUAGUUGAUGCUCUGACACUUUUUGAAACCAACAUGGAAAUUGGUGAAUAUUUUAAUGCAUUUCCCAGUGAAGUGCUCCCCAUAUUUGAUAAUGCAUUGCGCAGGGCAGCCGUGACACUUUCCCAGUCUAUUUCUCAAGCUCAUGACUUCAUCAUUAAGCAGCAUCUUCAUGCCAGAAUAUCAGGUUUACCUGUCUGUCCAGAGCUAACCAGAGAACACAUACCAAAAACUAGAGAUGUAGGACACUUCCUUUCAGUUACUGGCACUGUUAUUCGUACCAGCCUGACAAAGGUGCUGGAGUUUGAACGGGAUUACAUCUGUAACAAGUGCAAGCGUGUUUUUGUGGUCAAGGCCGACUUUGAACAGUACUAUGCAUUCUGCCGUCCGUCGGCCUGCCCUAAUGAAGAAGGCUGCAACUCCUCUAAGUUCACUUGCCUGUCUGGAACAUCCCAUGCGCCAAACAGUUGCAGAGACUAUCAAGAAAUCAAGAUACAAGAGCAGGUUCAAAGACUAUCUGUUGGAAGCAUCCCUCGUUCUAUGAUGGUUGUCCUAGAAGAUGACUUAGUUGACAGUUGCAAAUCUGGUGAUGACAUAACAGUUUAUGGAGUAGUCAUGCAGAGGUGGAAGCCCUUUUGCCAGGAAUCACGCUGCAAUGUAGAGAUUGUCUUGAAAGCUAACUAUAUUCAUGUAAACAACGAGCAGAUGGCAGGAGUUAAAAUUGAUGAGGAGGUCCGCAAGGAGUUUGAAGAGUUUUGGGAAAAGCAUAAGACUGAUCCUUUAGCAGGGAGGAAUGCAAUUUUAGCCAGCUUGUGCCCUCAGAUUUUUGGGUUGUAUGUCGUGAAGCUGGCUGUAGCCAUGGUGCUCGCAGGAGGCGUGGAGAGAACAGAUGCUGCAGGCACCCGCGUUAGAGGUGAAUCACAUCUUUUGCUGGUUGGAGAUCCUGGAACAGGGAAAUCUCAAUUUCUGAAAUAUGCAGCAAAGAUUACACCACGAUCGGUACUUACCGCAGGAAUUGGAUCUACAAGAGCAGGUUUGACAGUGACUGCUGUGAAGGAUUCUGGAGAAUGGAAUUUGGAGGCUGGAGCACUGGUGCUGGCUGAUGGAGGGCUUUGCUGCAUUGAUGAGUUUAACAGCAUCAAGGAGCAUGACAGAACGAGCAUUCACGAGGCAAUGGAGCAACAGACCAUCAGCGUAGCCAAGGCUGGCUUGGUGUGCAAACUGAACACAAGGACAAGUAUUUUGGCAGCAGCCAAUCCAAAGGGCCAAUAUGACCCUAAUGAAUCUGUCUCUGUGAACAUAGCCCUCGGAAGUCCCCUACUUAGCAGGUUUGAUCUUGUUUUGGUGUUGCUGGAUACAAGAAAUGAAGAAUGGGAUCGCAUCAUUUCUUCCUUUGUAUUGGAAAAUAAAGGCUGCCCAAACAUGUCUGAAAAGCUGUGGACUAUGGAAAAAAUGAAGACAUACUUCUGCCUUGUAAAGAGCCUACAGCCAGUAUUGACUGAUGAAAGCAACCUGAUCCUUCUCCGCUAUUAUCAGAUGCAAAGGCAGAGUGAUUGCAGAAAUGCUGCCCGAACUACCAUUCGCUUAUUGGAGAGUUUGAUACGACUGGCUGAAGCACAUGCUCGGUUGAUGUUUAGAGAGACUGUAACUGUGGAAGAUGCAAUAAUUGUGGUUUCAGUGAUGGAAUCUUCUAUGCAAGGUGGAACACUUCUUGGAGGUGUCAAUGCACUGCACACAUCAUUUCCUGAAAAUCCAGUGGAGCAAUACCGAGUGCAGUGUGGACUAAUUCUGGAAAGGUUGGACCUGCAAGACCUCCUGAAUAAAGAGCUGAAAAGGCUUGACAGAUUACGGAAUGAAAAUUCAUGUCAGGUUCUGCAGUCAAAAGCAACAUCUCCAAAGAAUGGCACAUCUGGGAAAUCAGAGCAGCUGUCUCAUCCCCAGCAUUCAGACAAAGUGGGAAAUAAUACUGAGUUGCAACCAGUCUCAGCUAAAACAAACCCUGCAGCUGAUAUGCAUCCAGUUUUGUUAAGCAGCCAAAAAUCUGAAGAAACCAGAGUAACAGAGCAGAGCAACAAACCUGGUGAGAGCAGCGGUGAGAGCAGCUUGGACUGGUUUGAUAGUAUAGUGGGUGGGAGUGAGAAGAGCAUUUAUGAGUCUCCAGUUACAUCUCAAGACAGUUUGACUUUGAAAGCACCAAGCAACAAACCCUGUUCAAAAGAGAGAAAUUGCUUAAGGGAAGCCAAGCAAGCUGAGAAGGUGGAAUCACUGAAAACAGUAGCCUCAGGAAAUCUUGGUAGACAGGUUGCUUCUGGUCCGGAGGGGGUAGACAAGCCCACAAGUGUCCCUUCAGAAGCCAGCAACCAGGAUGCAAAUAUUUCAUGUUCUACUCUACCUGACUCAGUGAUUAUGCAGAAGGCCUCUAAGAAAUGGCACAAGAUCAACACCGAAAAGGCUCGUGGAUUUUGUGCAAGUACACCAGAUCCCAAGGCAAAGGGUUCUCCAGCUUCAUUAUCUGCUCAGCCAGCAGUCACCCAAGAAAGCUCUUUAGCAGACAUGAAUGCGUCCCCAUCUCACAGUAUGUUUUUAAGGCAUCCUAAAAUGGUAUUUUCAAACAGGAAGAGAAAGAGAGAUUCAACAAAGGAAGGAAGCAUAGUAAAAAGUUCCAAUGAACCUGAACUCCUUGAGAACUCAGGACCUGCACCUGCUAAACUAGCGAAGUUUUCCUUUAAGCAGAAGCCAAAGCUUGCUCAUUCUCCUGAACAUGUAGAUCACGCCAAAUUGCCCAAGUUUGAGAGUAACCAAACCGUUACCAGAAAUGUAUCAGAUGGAGAGAGCCUAAGAGAAGAAUGUCCAGAGCAAUAUGAAAAAGAACACAAUGCUAAUACAGGAUAUAAGAGUGCGGAGGAACAAUCCUGUGGUGACAAACGAGAGGCCAAGCAUCAAAAUAAAGCUUUUCCUCCUUCGCCCACAAAAAAGGCAGGAAUAGGAGGGGGAAAGUUGGAUGGUCUGAACACAAAACAAGUGUGCUCUAGUACAUUGGCUAGGUUAGCUAGGUUUGCCUUUGUGCCACCACCUGAAUCGAAGCCAGAGCCUCCCGUCACUGUGCAUGUCCCCAGUAAUGAGGACAGAAAAAGGCAGCCACUCAAGGCUCAAACAGACAGCGUAGGCCUCACAAAGAAGUCCUUUGAACUGACAGAAGGCAGCAUGGGUACAGGCAAAUCUUUGUUCUCAAUAGCUGAUUUAGAUGAUGCUGUGUUAGACUUCGAUUGGGAUGACGAGAACCCCAGAUCUUAAUUUACUUAUGCCUCUGACCAGCUCCUCAAAAGAGACCGUGACAGUGUAUUUUCUGGACUUGGCAAAAUGCUGUAAUAACAUCUAGAUUAAUUAUACCUAAAAUAAUGAGCUUCUUUACAAAUAUUGUAUCAGGUGCAAGAAUUAGGAGACUUCUAAAUUCCAGAUACCUAAAACACAAUCCUUUCUGGCCUCAAAUAACAUAACUAUGUUGAAGUUAGCAAGAUUACAAUGGAGGAUAACUGUGAAGACUGUAGUAGGUCAGAUGCUGCUGCAGCUAAUUCUUUUCGCGAUGUCUAACUCCAUUGACCAAUCAGCUGAUGUAUUUUAGUAAAAGUGAGGGAGACAUAAUCCCUGAUAAUGUAGCACAAUCCCCUGCCACCACUUUUUUCUUCAGUCAGCUUACUACACAAAUGCUUGAAUCCGUUAGAUCCAUUUUGGUCCCUCACCCAAAUAAAUUAACAAAACUCAUAUCUUAGAAAA